AUGGGGGCUGUAUCGGUCUCGGAUGUACAUGUCCUGCGGUCUUCGGAGCGCACUGCUGAUGUCAACGGCGAGCCCGCGACCCGAGCCACCCAACUGGGCUGCUACAGCGAAUUACGUACCCCUGCCGUACGCACCCCCGCUCACAUUGCUGAGGCCCUCGGCAACGCAACCCUGCGGGCCUUAUAUCCCAACCAUUCCUGGAACCUCCCUGUCGUACCCUCUGACACGCCACGUGGGCCCACGCGCGUGGAGCAGCCGCACGUGCCGUUUAUUGCCGUACAAACUGACGAAGAUCAAGUGCAGCUGUAUGAUGAGAAUUUGGAGAGGGAUCUCGCGCCCUGGCGGCGGCGCAACCGAUCAGAGAUGACGGUGUCGGCCCUCCUGCAGUGGGCGGCCAGGUUGCCGAACUUGGCGUCUCAGCGCGUGGUGAUGAUCAAGGGGGGCCGACUGGCACUGCUGCAGCAGAAGAACGGUCGUUUGCUUAGCUGCGAGAGGCCGUGCGACGUCGUACUGGACGAGCUACUAAAAGAUCUGCGCUCCUGGAUUUCCACAUCCCCCUCGGACUGGCCCGAUGUGGUCUUCUUCCUCAACGCCGCCGACACCAGCCUCUGCCAACAACAGCAUCCAGAACGUCAUGAUCAGGAAGGAACGCAACAGCAGCAGCAGCAGCAGGAGGAGGAGGAACUGGCCCCUGUUGGCGGUGACGGUGAUGGCGGUGCUACCGCUGCCACCGAUGAUUGGAGUAGCAGCAGCAGUAGCAACAGCAGCGGUAGGAGCAGCGGAGAGGGCGAGGGGAGAGGACACGGACUGGUUAGUGAAGGGGGGCGCUCGCGGCGGCGGCGGCAGCGGCGGCAGCGCAGCAAGGCGGCCAUCGGGCGAUGUCCGGUGCCAGUGCUGUCGGUGAUUAAGGAGUGGGACCGGCACAAGGAUGAGGAUAUUCUUGUCCCAGUCACGGUGGGUAUGCACGGCUGGGCGCCGCUUCACUACUUCCCGUGGGACCGCAAGAUUGAGCGUGCCGUGUUUCGGGGCCGUGAGUACUGCCACACGCGGGUUUAUCCGUACGCGCCGGGAGUGUGCAGCCGUACUUACAUGGCGUUCAUGACACAGUACAACCCCGAGUGGGCGCCCUUCGUGGACGUGGGACUGCUAGACAACUACACCCUCCACCUGGCCAAUCGUACUGCCGUACAGAUUACGGGAAGAGGAUUCGUACGGGUCUCGGAGCUGUACCUGUUGGCCCUGGACGGCAUCACGGCCUCCUACCGCCUGGGUCACCUGCUGUCGCUGAACAGUGUUGUGCUGAAACAGUGGGGGUCGUGUCUGCACGGCAUCGAUGCCGGCCUCAUCACCAGAGGUUGGGGUGCGGGGGGGGGUCUGUCCCGCACACCAAGUCCUUGGAUCGAGUGGUACUACAGAUCGCUCGUACCGGGGACCCAUUACGUAAGCAUCUGGAACUACCAUAGAUCCGACGUACUGAAUGUGAUCAAGUCCCUGCGACACAAGAGGCGGUACUUGUACGACAUCGCUACACAUGGACAGGCGUUUGCGUACCGCUACUUGGCACCUCACGCCCGGCGGCUGUACUGGAUGCGUGUCCUUCGGGAGUACCGGCAGCUGUUUGGGGACAUGGAGGAGUUCGUGGCUGCCCAGGAGAUUCCGGAAACCGAGCCCGAAGGCCCGGGAGGGCCCUCAGCCAAGUAA